GAACGCACGCAUGCACAUUUCAUAAUACCGGUGCUCGUUAUGAUUGUUCGCACUGAGUGUUGUAUCAUUUGUGUUUGCAUUGCUACAACAUUCGCACCAUAGUUCCGUCAACAGAGUUUACCGCUAACCAAACGAAAAAGCAACAACAGCAGCAACUAAAAAUGACAAAUCCAGUUUUCGGCCUGUGUCCAUGCUGCGAAAAUCCGAACAACUCGGUAUUUAUGCAGUCAAUCCAUUCGGACAGCCUGUUCAAAAUGCUGUUGAAACGCGGUCAAUUCAAGCGAAACUAUUUAUUUUGCAACAAAUGUAUUGAUUGGGCAAAAGACGAGGUCCGGAAGCGACUACCACAAAAUUCGCAGUAUUCACCGAUUAGUGAAAAAUGUGCCAGUCGCAAUACACCGGAUCCAUUCAUGAACGAUCUUAUGAUGGGAGCCGACAGCAAUGUUGGACAGCGUUUGGCCAAUCCAACUGAUUCACCUUUACACUUAGGUAAUCCAAUGUCACCUGUAAACUAUAUGCCAUAUCAUGAUGAACGUUUGACUGAACCGAUGCUGUUAUCGCUCAAUAGAACAGCACAUUUGAUCGCUCCAUUGCCAAGCCCACUCAAUGAUGUGGCCAAUCCAUGGGAAAUGAAUGAUGAUCACAAAUCCGAUGACAACACAGACCACAUCAAUUUGUGAUAUGCAGCACACAUGGACCCAUAAAAUCAUCCAACCAGUCAUCAACUUCAACGUUACUUAUUUCACUAACACAAAACGCCAUAUUUACUGAAUAAGAAAUAACUCGUAAUCAAAUUUAAUAAACAUAGCAAAGGGAAAGAGAGAGAGAGAGAGAGAGAGAGAGAGAAAUUCCAAUUGGAUAUUUUUGUUUCACCAUAUCGUAAUGUUCGUAUCGACGUACCGUUCAUUUUAAUUAAAAUUUUGUGUUUAUCAAUAGUUUGACAGUUUGGCGCCAUUAGAAUGACAGAUCAACAGAAACCACAUAGAGUGAAGAUAAAUAACGUUUAAGAUAAAUAAAUACACACGAUUUUCGGUCAUUUGUA